UCUCCGGGAUACAGGUGUACACAGUGGCGGCGUCGCAGUCGGCAGCCCGGUGGCGGAGGAAAGGUAACCGACCCGCCCUGGGGUACUGCGUGCGCUGCCCGCUCCCGCCUGAGGAAAAGACUGUCCAUGGCGCAAGGCCGGGAGCGCGACGAAGGUUAUCACUCCGCCGGCGGCGCGUCCCUGUCCGUGAGAUGGGUGCAAGGAUUCCCUAAGCAGAAUGUUCAUUUUGUCAACAACAACACCAUUUGCUACCCUUGUGGGAACUAUGUAAUAUUUAUUAAUAUUGAAACCAAGAACAAGACUGUACUCCAGUGUAGUAAUGGAAUUGUGGGCGUCGUGGCAACUAACAUCCCCUAUGAAGUUGUGGCUUUUUCUGACCGGAAGCUAAAACCCCUCAUCUACAUAUACAGCUUUCCAGGAUUGACCAGAAGGACCAAAUUGAAAGGCAACAUUCUCCUGGACUACACUUUGCUUUCAUUCAGUUACUGUGGCACCUACCUGGCUAGUUACUCCUCUCUCCCAGAAUUUGAACUGGCCCUUUGGAACUGGGAAUCGAAUAUCAUUUUGUGCAAGAAAUCACAGCCUGGAAUGGAUGUGAACCAAAUGUCUUUUAACCCCAUGAACUGGCGCCAGCUGUGCUUAUCAAGUCCAAGUGCAGUGAGCGUGUGGACCAUUGAAAGAAGUAACCAGGAGCAUCAUUUCAGAGCAAGGUCAGUAAAAUUACCUCUAGAAGAUGGGUCAUUUUUUAAUGAAACAGAUGUCGUUUUCCCCCAGUCGUUGCCGAAAGAUCUCAUCUAUGGACCCGUGCUGCCACUGUCAGCCAUCGCUGGGCUAGUAGGCGAAGAGGCAGAGACUUUCCGGCCUAAAGAUGAUCUAUAUCCUUUGCUUCACCCGACUAUGCAUUGCUGGACUCCAACAAGUGACUUGUACAUUGGCUGUGAAGAGGGUCAUCUUUUAAUGAUUAAUGGAGACACCUUGAAAGUGACUGUGCUUAAUAAGAUAGAAGAGGAAUCACCACUGGGCAGAAGAAAUUUUAUCAGUCCAGUAACCUUGGUGUAUCAGAAGGAGGGCGUGCUGGCUUCUGGAAUUGAUGGCUUUGUGUAUUCUUUUAUUAUUAAAGAUGGAAGUUACAUGAUCAAGGAUUUUCUUGAGAUUGAAAGACCUGUAGAACAUAUGACAUUUUCUCCCAAUUAUACAAUGUUGCUGAUUCAAACAGACAAGGGAUCUGUUUAUAUCUACACUUUUGGUGAGGAGCCAACCUUAAAUAAAGUCCUAGAUGCUUGUGAUGGGAAAUUUCAGGCAGUUGACUUUAUCACACCUGGAACCCAACACUUCAUGACACUUACACAUUCAGGGGAAAUUUGUGUUUGGUGGCUGGAGGAUUGUUCUUGUGUAAGCAAGAUUUAUCUGAAUACCCCAGCGACGGUUCUGGCUUGCUGUCCAUCCUCCCUCUCUGCAGCCGUGGGCACGGAGGGUGGUUCUGUCUACUUCAUCAGCGUAUACGAUAAGGAAUCCCCUCAGGUCGUGGACAAAGCCUUUCUCUCGGAAUCGUCCGUGCAGCAUGUCACUUAUGAUCAGCGAGGAAUAUUUCUGUUAGUUGGAACAUCAGAAGGAAAAGUCUUUAUUAUCUGUGCCAGCUCCUCAAGGUCAUUUCGGAUUAUUGGAUUCACAGAAGUGGCCAAAGACAUUUUACAGAUAUCCACAGUGUCUCUUUCAGAAACAGACAUAGUGGAAGUGAUGGUGCUUUCCUCGCUUCCGGAAGCAGGGAGAAGCAGGUUGGAGAUGUUCACACUGCCUACAUUACUGCCACAAGUUUCCACAAUUUUUGCUGAUGAAAGAGGAAGGCUGAAAGAUGAAAUCAUUCAUAAGUACCUGUAUGAGUUGGAGCACACUCUGUCCUCUGCAGUCUUGGACUUUCAAAGUAAACAAAUAUAUGGCUUCUGUAGUCAAGUGCCAUACAUCUGUAGCUACCUUCUUCCUAAAGAAGAACAUAUGGGUAUCUACAUUCUUAAACCAUACAAAAAAGUACAAAGCAGACAGUAUGGACCUGGAAUGCUCUAUCUGUCUUCACAUGGAUUGUGGCUCAUAACAAUAGCUAAAUGUGGAAUUCUGUGUAUCCGAGACGUUUACACUUUGGAAACGUUUGCUCGGUGUCGGAGUCAUUCUCACCAGGGUCAUGGGAUUCAGUCAAUGAGAAUUUCAAUGGAUGGACAAAACAUUCUGGUGAAUGGGAGAAAUGAUGGCACCCUUGUCUACCUAAAGUGGAAGCGGUUUGGAGGACUCCUAGCCAGUGAAAUUCUGGACUAUUACCAAAAACUAUUAAUUUCCCUGAGCAGCACCAUGGGCGAGGAGAAUGAUUAUUUAAGCACAACACCAAAAGUUUGCAUAGAUUUGGGAUCCGAUUCUGAACACACAAAACAGAAGGCAAGCAUUGACUCAUCGCAGGAUGAAUUAGUUCCAACUGAUGUUAAGAAGGAAAUUCCUUGGAUACAACAAAAAAGCCAAGAGGCCAUCAAAAAGGAGGUUAAUCUGUUUUCCAAGAAAAGGAAAGAGAUAAAAGAAGGAAUCAAAUCACUUUCCAAAACUAUUCUGAAUAUGAUGGAAGAAAAUGACAAACUAGAAAAUAUUGCAAAAUUAGACCAACAGGAAUUUGGUCUAGAUCUUGAGGAAUUAGAAAGGCUUCAUGAUGAAAGUCAGGAAGAAGUGGCAAAGAUGAUAAAGGAUGUAGAGAUGCAUAACCUAGCCAAGAGCUAUUUGGCUGAACUUAUCAAAGAAGAAUGUUGGAAUUCGAUGGCUGUGAAAGGUCGAGCUCUUAAGUGUUUUCAUAUCCCCUGUGUGGUUGAAAACUUCCCGAUGAAAGCACGCACGGUUGAAGAGCUGAAAGAGUUGGAAAGAGUUUUACAACAAAAGAAGAUUGAAGCAGAGUGUCUCAAACUACGGAAGGAAAUUGUAGAGGCUCAGUCUGGAGUUAUAUUGGUUAAAAAGCGUCAUGAAGAGGAUGAUGAAGAAGAGGAAGAGGAGGACAAGACAGUAAAAUGUAGCAAUUUGCCCAAUUACCUGCUUGGUAGUCUGAGUACUGAUUUUGGGGUAGAUACCUCUUUAUUGUCAAGCCAAUUGCAGCUUCAUUCCAGAGAAGAGAAAAUCAACCAAAUUAUAUUACUGAAAGAUAUCAUUUACAAGGUAAAAACUGCUUUCAAUAAUGAGUUUGAUGCUGCAUAUAAACAAAAAGAGUUUGAAAUUACACGCGUGAAGGAAAGAAAUGUUCGAAUUCGAGAAAUUAUUGUCGAUCUGGAAUUGGAAGAAGCAGUCUGGCAACCAGAAUUUGAAGACUGUGAGAAGCCAGAGAGAACGCUUGUUGUGCAAGAUGAGGAGAUUACAGCCCACAAACACGUUAUGCCGUGGCACAAAGCCAGAGAAGAAUUGAUUGUGAAUCGUGAAACGGAGCGCUGGCUUCUGAUACAGGGUGCCAAUACAAGACUCCGAGCUCUGAUGGACAUGAUGGGAGGAGUUCUGGAAGUCAAGAAGGAAGAUAUUUUGAGAAUGGUGAUUCCUCAACCUGCUUUCAUGGCAAAACCUGAUGCUGUGUGGACUGAAGAAGAAAGAAAACAAUUCAAAGAUUAUGAGAAAAAAGUAAAGGAGUUAAAUGAAGAAAGAGAUAAGUAUAGAAAGUCAUUAGAAGCAGAACUGAAGAAACUUCAAAACUCUAUUCAAGAAAGCACACAGGCCUUUGAUGAACACUUGAAAAGACUUUUUGAAAGGAGAGUGAAGGCAGAGUUGGUUACCAACCAGGAGGAAUUGAAAAUAAGUAACCUUGCAUUUUCUUUACUGUUGGAUGAAGAAUUAAGCUCCAGAGAAAAAUUCCUGAACAACUACCUUACAAGGAAACAGCUCGAGAAAAGCCAGACUUCAGAAGCUGUUCGGAAAUCAAGAGAAGACCUGGAUGUGUACAAGGAGCACUAUGACAACUUACUGGCAGAAGAUAAAGUUAUGGAUCGCAGCUUUAAAAAGGAAUUUUCUGAAAUUCCCGGUCAUCAAGUGGAUAUACUGUACAAACUUUUUAAACGCCGACCAAGGAUUUCCAAACAGAAAACGCACUCAGAAACAACCAGUGCUGUCCCUUUUGGAGAACUACCAGGAUCUGGCAAGUUGAGUAAGGAUGCCUUUGCCCAGUUAAUGAAAGCCAUGGAUGAGUUGGACAAUAUUAGUAACAUGCCAGAAGGCUUGAACCCUUUGGUCUGGAAUCACUUCUGCAUGACAAGACGAGCAAAAGUGGAAAAUGAACAGAAAGUAAAGCAGAAAGCAGCUGACUUAUUGGAAAUGGCAACUUUCCUCCGGAAAAGAGUUGAGGAGGAAGAGAAGGUGCAACAGGAGAUUGAGAGAGUGUUCCAUGAACUCAUCCUAUUACAGGAAGAGAAAGUGAGAUUCCAGUUGAAUUUGACAAUCCAAAUUCUUCUUAAACAAGGACAAGUAGAACUAGAAAAUUUCCAGCUAGUGCUGGAGUAUUCUGAUGCAAUUCUCAUCAACAGGAACAUAAUUGAAGACUUGAAUUCUGUGAUUCGGACUCAAGGACAAAAGAAAAUUGCUAGCAUGAUGGAAACUAAAGAUGUACACAAAAGAAUACUUCAGAUUGAGUGGGAACAUAAGAAAAUGGAGAUGGAAAGGGAAGAUCUAAAUCAGAAGGCUUGGGAUAUUCAGAUGCUAUUUUUUUCAAGAGAUCGCCAAAAGUACCUAAAUGAACCAAACUAUGAGGCUCUGAUUAGUAUUCAGAUUGGAAUAAUGGAACAAACCAUUGCUGUUUUAGAUAAGGAUAAAUCACAUUUUUCAAAAUUAAUUUUGUGGGGUAUCAUGGGAACAAAAAUUUCAGACCCACAAAAAGAAUGUGGAAAACUGCAAGAAACUACUCAAAAAACUUGGAAAGUUCAGCAAUCAAAAAGAUAUAGCAAAUUACACCCUAAGCUGCAAUCUACGAGAAGAGUUGGUAGCUGUCUCAGAGAGAAAAGACAUCUGUAAUGCAAUGGGGUCUAAACUGACUUGCGAAAAGAUUGUCAAAGAACGGUAUGAAAACAUGAUGCAACAGCAGAAGUUAACACAUAUUUCAAAACAACAAGCUGAACAGAUUUCAAUACUACAGACUGAAGUUGAAAGAUUAAGGAUGAAAACGUUUCCUGCUCUUGUUCAAAUGUAAAAACGCUGGCAGGAAAACACAAGGCCAAAUCAAUCAUUUAAAAAAUCAUUUCAUUUGGGUAAAAUGAUUUCCUUUUCUUUCUUACUGAGAAAUUGAAUUAGCAUGUCCUCUUAGUUGCAUGUUUCAGAUAAAAAAUUGUUUAAUUUUAGCCUAAAUUGUAUACAGAUUUUGUCCUGCAUGAAUAAAUGUGUAAAAUACCAUGAAUUGCUAUUUUUAUUCAAGAAUAAACAACACUUGAAGUCAGAAAGUA